UUAACAGAAAACCAGUUACUCUUUUUAGACACAUAUUAAUCUCUCUCAGUUAAUUUCGUUCUAUCUGUAAUUGUCUUCUGAUCUUAAUGUGUAAAUAAAUGUCAUUCAGUCUCUUUUAUUUCUCUCAAAAAUCCACCCAAAAACCAAAACUCUCUCUUCAUAUGGAGACAACCCAGUAUUUCACAUUCAACCGGAAAGCGAUUCCCAAACUCCAAUUAUUCACUCCAUUUUUCAAACUCUCCAACCCCAUUCGGAUUACAAGCACGAACAAAGUUUCCAUACUCGAACUCACUUUCCCUGGUUUUUUUUCUAUAAUUUUCUCCUCGAAAUUUGACCCCCAUCUUGUCCUACAUCACUCGCCAUGGCCACGGAUGUCUCCGCCGCAUUCCGACCCGUUCCUCAACCCCACGACUUCCACCCUGAAAUAUCGGUAUCCCCCUCCUCCGCCCACGACGGCCUAGAGUUCUGGCAGUUCAUGAUAGCCGGCUCCAUAGCGGGCCUAGUUGAACACAUGGCUAUGUUCCCAGUUGACACCCUCAAAACCCGCAUGCAGGUUUUUGGCGGGUCCUGCUCCGUUCAACCUAUUGGAGUUAGACAGGCCCUCGGCUCGAUUCUGAAGCUCGAAGGCCCCGCAGGGCUCUACCGCGGCAUCGGCGCAAUGGGGCUCGGAGCAGGACCUGCCCAUGCAGUUUAUUUCUCAGUGUACGAGAUGUUCAAGGAGUAUUUGACACGUGGGAAUCCCAACAUCGUGGCGCAUGCGGUUUCUGGGGUGUUUGCGACCGUUGCAAGCGACGCGGUGAUCACACCGAUGGACGUGGUGAAACAGAGGCUGCAGCUGCAGAGCAGUCCGUACAAGGGAGUUGGGGAUUGUGUGAGGAGGGUUUUAGUGGAAGAAGGGGUUGGAGCAUUUUACAAGUCGUACAGGACGACUGUCGUGAUGAAUGCCCCGUUUACUGCCGUCCAUUUCGCUACGUAUGAGGCAGCGAAACGAGGGCUGAUGGAGGUGUCGCCGGAGAGUGCGAACGACGAGAGGCUGGUGGUUCAUGCCACUGCAGGUGCGGCUGCUGGGGCUUUAGCAGCGGCUGUGACCACCCCGCUUGAUGUUGUGAAAACUCAAUUGCAGUGCCAGGGGGUUUGCGGAUGCGAUAGAUUUUCGAGUAACUCGAUAGGGGAUGUUGUUCGAAGCCUGGUGAUGAAGGAUGGAUACCGCAGUCUUAUGCGAGGUUGGAUUCCAAGGAUGCUCUUCCAUGCCCCUGCUGCUGCAAUUUGCUGGUCAACUUAUGAAGCAUCAAAAACUUUCUUUCAAGAACUCAAUGGCAGUGACAGUUCCAGGAACUGAUCAAGCAAGUUGGUUCUGCAGAAACCUUACUCUGGAUUCUCACACACUACAGCAGCAGCAUCGGAGUUACUGAUGCACAUAUUUAACUCGGUUGAAUGCCCUUGUUCGUGUAAAUGACUUCACCGGGAAGAACUCGGUUCAGGCAGAUAUAAAUAUAUACUGCCGAUUAUGUGCUAAAAAUAAUAAUGUAGAUAUGAAUUAUCAAUCCAAGGGGGAAAUGAUCAUUUCCAACCAUCUAGUUUAGUUAA